AUGUACGUUUUCUCAAUCUAUAAUGUAUUUUUCAUGUUAACGCUACUGGGAAAUUUGCUCGUGAUAAUAGCCGUGUUUUCAGAACGCCGACUACGGAAGGUGGGCAACUCAUUUAUCGUUAGUCUCGCUAUCAGUGAUCUCUUGGUGGGAUGUAUUGUAACACCUUUAGCACUGGUAUAUCAACUUACCCGACAAUGGGGUCUCGGGACAAAUGUGUGUGAUUUUUGGGUGUCAAUGGAUGUUAUUUGCUGUACAGCCAGUAUUCUAAACUUGUGUGUUAUAAGUUUUGAUCGCUACAAUGCUAUUACGCACCCACUGCAGUAUGCUCUCAAAAGGACGCCCAAAAGAGCAUUUUGCUUGAUAACAUUCGUGUGGAGCUAUUCUCUGGUAAUUGCGCUCCCUCCCUUCCUCGGAUGGAGGGAGGCGGACAGAGACCCUGACCAGUGCUCCGUAUCCCAGGAAAAAGGCUACACCCUGUACUCUACCGUCGGCGCUUUCUACCUGCCCCUGUGUGUUAUGAUGUGUUUGUACUGGCGAGUGUUUCAGGCUACUCAAAAGCGCCUGAAGCAGUGGAUUCCCGGACCGGGAUCUAGUAAAGUUAUAGUGAGUAACAGACCUUCGUUUGGUUUGAAGUUCCCACCUGUUGUUAGUGAGAACCGUGCUAAACGUACUGGACGUGUAGCAUCCAAACUAACCGCACCCAUCAAUCCAUAUAUAGGAUAUCGCUUAAAACAGAAUGGAGACCCUUCCAUUUACCGUAGUCUAGAGGACCUGACACCGUUGCGUUCGGAAGAAAAAAUCCCAGCGGAACCGCAAGAGCCUCAAAAAAGAUUACCUUUAACCGCUAUGCAAAAACGCAAACAAUUUUUCAGCCGACGUAUGAUCAGUUUCCAGUUAUCUACGGGGACUAGUUCCACGCUGACAACGAGUAGCAGCAAUGAUGUGAUUGUUGAGAUUUAUAAAGAAAUCAACCAACGACCGAAUCCCGCUUUGAACAGAAUGAGACAGAGCCUUAAAGCUAUCCGGCGCCAGGAGUCCACGAACGAAGCGACUGCGGCACUGUGUCGAAGUGUAUCUCCACUUAUCAGCAAGAAGAGACAUGAUGACAGCAGCGAAGAGGGAGAAUCCACCGAGAGUCUCCGCUGGGAGCAAUUUUCUUCAGCUCUCAGUUUCAAGGACAGUCGUAUUUUUGCCUAUAGCCGACAAAGCCCUGUUGUUCUCUGA